AUGACUUAAUCUUCCUUAAGAUAAAAAUAUUAUACACUGCCAAUACAAUAAACCUCUAUAGAAUAAUAUUCUAAGUCAUCUAUUAAGGAUUCAGAUUAAAUUCUAAAGUAAUUAACCGUGCCUUUGAAAAUAUAAUUAAAUGCUUAUAAGCCAAUUGCUAAAAAUUUAUUUUCUAAAUCACUUUAUAAAUAACAAUAUACAGAUUGUAAAAGUGAAAGGGUCAGACCCAUAAUUUAAGACUAAAAUAUGUACAUUUUAAAUACUUUGGAAUUGGAUGAUGAGAGCGUGUACAGAAGAUCGUAUAGAUCUCGAACAUUUGAUGAGAAAACUGAACCAAUCAAGCCUUUCGAUGUAAAUAUUUCAUUCACUUUGCCUAUGAGAGGGGCUAAAAGUGUGUAUUAAUGCAAUUUUACCCAGAAGGAAGUUUCGGGUCAGCCAAACAAAAUCAUUAAACCUCAAUCUAAACGGAUGGUUUACAGCAUUUGGGAUAAGAGCAUGAAAACUCAAUAUCAGCACCAUCACACGGGAGAGAAGGGGGAGUUGACAUUAAAAAUCACUCCGAAAUAGAAUUAGCUUUUCAUAAUGAAUUAUGAAAAAACUCCCUAAUCGCAAUAUAGAUACGAUUAUCGAAUGAGAGUUGUAGGAAAUUCAGGUUAAAUGAAUUCAAAUAAAUUUUGA